ACGACGACGUUUGAUGACAGUUUUAGAGAAUGCCUUCUGGAACAUGAGUAAACGUCAUGAGCGGGCCGCAAAAUCGAAUUUAAGUGAGAGAGAGCUGCACCUUGUGAAUUAUGAGGAGCAGCCAGAGCGUUUCUUAGCCGGGCAGAAGAAGGAGAAGAAGCAGAAGAGGAAUAAUAGCUUGAGGAGCAGACGGUGCUGCGGAGAGGAGGCCGAAGAGGACGUCGAAUUGUCGCUGGAGGUGGAGAUUGACGAGAGCUUGAAGGAUCUGCUCUCGUCUACAAAUGAUUAUUCUGAUCUUCUGGACGUGACGAUCAUCCAGCAGGCGGAUUCGAAGCACGAAACCACCGUCUCUUUAGAGGCCAAUGACAUCUCGGAGAUAAUCGAGAUGAUCAACCAGCACGAGGCUAACUGGAGGAGGACGGUCAACGGUGGAAGCAACGGCAGACCGAAAGAACAUCGAUUCGAUUGCGCAACGGGCGAGGAGAUUCGAUCUGUAGAUGUUGGUGGAGGAAGUAAUUACAUGAGGCCAUCACCUGAGAGCGACUCAGAUGAGCCGAGCGUCGUGCAGGAUAAAACGACAGUCUACACCACGCCGUACACUUUCAACGACGUCAAGAAGAAUUUAUCCUGUUUGAACCCGGAUAUUCACGAGGAGGACAAACCUGGCACGCCGUGUUUGUGUCAGCACUGCGGGAUGGUCGGAGUCCUUGUGGAGUCGCAGAAGAGGCCGGCCAUCCCGCACGCGCCGAACCCCAAAUUCACGCCAGAACCAAAAUCCAUCCAGAAGAAGCGACUGAUCGAUCUUCGCACAAAAUCGAAAUCGGAAACCAACAUGAUCCUGCUGAAGGAGCUGACCAACAAAAUAAUCUCCCUGGAACACAGAUUGAAUCAGCACGAAGAGUGCACCGUUCGAAAGGAUUACUUCAAGUAUGUUAUUCACAAGUUGCUGACGCAAUACACGAGCAAGCUGAACGAGAUGAAAUUAAAUAAUAACACGAAGACGGUGACCAUCGCCACUCAGUACAGCAAGACGACCAACAGAUCGCGCGAUAAGAGCGCAACCCGGCACAUCCACGCCAAUCCAGUAAAAAUCGUCAAUUCGGACGAGACCGUCUUCUCCGAGUUAUCCCAUCGCUCUGCAACCAGGAAAUCUUCUAAGGCAAAUAUGCAGGAAUUCAGAAAUAAACUAUCUACUUUGAUGGAGGAUAGGAUGCGUACGCCGAAGAGGUCUAGACGUGAGCCGAAAACCGAGAAGCACAACGACGUGCUGAAGCUGCCUCCCAAUAUGGACGAUAUCCAGGUGGAACACUGCAAGACCGUUUUCAUGGCGAAGGAAUCCAAGUCGCCCUUCCGACAGCAGCAGCAGCAGAACAAAGCUCAACCGUAUCCGGAGGGUGGUAACGAGCUCGAGUUUCUCAACAAGCUCAGAAAGGAGGUGGACGAGAACAUUAGUUCGCAGACAAUCAAGCAGCUCUGCGAUCUGGUGUACAGCAAAUAUCAGGAGAAGAGGCCUCCGCCUUGCAACGAUGCAGUCUUCAGGAGGAACAUUGAAACGCAAAAGAGGAACGCGGACGAGUGCACAAAGGUUCACAGGAAUAAGAGGACAGCAGUACAAAAGGAUCCUAGAUGCGGCGACAUCCCAGAUAAACUGCUGCAGAAGCGCGAUGAUCAUCGUAAUCCGAGCAUCCCGAAGGAUAGCGUUCGACGAAAGGACAAGCUCGACGUGGCCUACGUAAAUCCUGCAGUCAAGUCGUGGCACGAGGAGCAGAGCAGCGACGACGUCUUCCUCAACGACCGAAAACCCUCCAAGAAGGCCAACAAACACACCAUCCAAGAGAAAAUUAAGUACUUGAAGUCUCUGGCGAAGAGGAAGAACGUCGAUGAAACUGAGCUUUGGAAUAACAUCCUGAAUCAAGCGAAGAAACACAUAAAAUCCAACGAGGAUACUGUUUCUAUUCAGCUUCCGGGAAGCGCGAACAACAGGGAAAUGUCCGAGUUGGAGUUGACGCUUUCCAAUCUUAAGGAGAUCGUGAAAAAGUCACGUAAUCUGAAGAAAAAAUGCUCCUGUCUGUCCAUAGAGUUGAACUACAAAACGUCCAGCGACAAUUACAUCAAGAAGCGAACUGAGAGGAAGAUGAAGAGCACCAGAGUCUCCUCGUCCGGCGCCAAGUAG